ACAUUAGAUGGCGCUAUGCGCGUCAAGCUGGGGCUCGAGGAAGGCAUGAAGAAGUCUUAUCAUAUUGAUGAGCAGAGCUGCCUGUGUUAUUACGUAAUCAUCAGCGCUGUAAUCCGCUCACAGGCUUUUUUCCUAACCGUUUGCCUGUUUUUUCGGCUCUCAAAUUGCCGCAUCCCAACAUUAAUGGGACCGAACAGGACGUACAUCAGUGUAGGCUAUGCCUCAAUUGGCGUCUUAUUUGGACUUUCUGCUUUUAUCGUUUGGAACGUGGUUUACUGGCAGCCAUGGACGGCGGCGAUGGGCGGGUUAUCAGGAGUGCUGGCCCUCUGGGUUCUGGUUACACACAUUAUGUACAUUCAGGACUUCUGGCGCACUUGGCUAAAGGGACUCAAGCUCUUCAUAAUUGCCAGUACAGUUUUCUCAAUGCUGGCUGUUGCUGCUUUUGCCACCUUCAUGACACUUGCUAUUACUAAAAAGCAAGCAUUGACAGACCCCAAGAGUUUUUAUCUGUGCUGCGUUUGGAGCUUCAUCACGUUUAAGUGGGCAUUCCUGCUUGGCCUGUAUUCCUAUCGGUACCGCCAGGAGUUUGCCGACAUCAGCAUUCUCAGUGACUUCUGAUUGGCUAUGUCUUUGGAACUGAAUGGAUUUGCUGUUGCCAACUGGUGGCUUUACCUGCCAGUCAUGAGGUGGGUGGAAAGAGAUCAAGCUUGCCAGGCAGGAAGAAGUGGAUUAAUGUCUUUUGUCAUAACGCUCUUUCUGUUUUCACCACAAACACCCGGGACUGUACAACUUUUCCUCUGAUCACGAAUCGGUCCUAUAGGAAACUGUCUGCAACCCAUUCCUGUUACAUUGUUUUAAAUGCAAGAUGAUAUUUAAAUGACUGACAUUGUAUAAAAGUGUGGGUUAAAAGCUUUUGAGAGACUUGAGAGAACCUACAUAUGAAUGUCACAAGGUACUUGUUAACUGUUCUUCAACUGUAUAGCAAGGAUCUGCCUGGUAGAGUAUCUGAUUAAAGAUGUGCACGCAGCUGUUUCUAAAAGCUUGCGAUAGUCAUGAAAUUUCCAUCUUUGACUGUGGACUUUCCAUUUUUUGA